GACCUUGCUAUUGUGACCGAAUUUUUUCCUAAAAGGGUUUCCAUGGAGGAUCAAUCUGUCGCUUUUUCCGUGAGGGCUGAAUUUGGUUCCUGCUGGUGUCAAGAUAUUUCAAGAUAAGAGGUCAAGCUCCCCUCUCUCGGAGAACACGAGUGCCAUUUCAAAGCUUAUUGGAUGAAAGUCUCAUUUGCCCUUGGCUGCCAAAGAUGACGUUGCCAUGGAAACAGCUUCUACUGUUAUCAAUCAUCGACUGUCUGGCAGAUUGUCUGGACAGUGGAUCAUACCAUGGUCCGAGAUGGAGGAUGGAGCCAGGUGAUUUGUUCAUUCCUGUCGACUCCAUAGAAGAAGAAGCUACUCUGACCUGUGAUGCAAAGGGAACGCCACCUCCUCAGUACAGAUGGUCAUUGAAUGGGACUCUCAUAAAUCUGGGCCUGGAUCGCCGGCGGCGUCUGUCUGGGGGCAACCUCAUUAUAAGCAGUCUGGACCGCUACCAGGAUGUAGGAAUGUACCAGUGUAUGGCGUUCAACACUGUAGGAGCUAUCCUCAGCAGGAGAGCAAGUCUGCAGUUUGCCUACUUAGAUCAUUUCAAAGUCCACACCAGAAGCGCAGUGUCAGUCCGUGAGGGACAAGGAGUGGUGUUACUUUGUGGAACGCCCACUUCCUCUGGAGACCUUACGUAUGCGUGGGUCUUCAAUGAGUACCCAUACUUUGUUCAACAAGACAAUCGGCGUUUCGUCUCGCAGCAGACAGGAAACCUUUACAUUGCCAAGGUGGAGCCCUCCGACGUGGGCAACUACACUUGUGUUGUGAUGAACAGCAUCACAAAGGGCAAAGUUCAGAGCUCACCUACGUCUCUGAUCCUCCGGACAGAUGGAGUGAUGGGCGAAUACGAGCCGAAAAUAGAAGUUAAUUUCCCAAACAAUGUACCCGCCGCAAAAGGAUCAACAGUUACGCUGGAGUGCUUCGCCCUUGGAAACCCUGUCCCCGAAAUCACCUGGAAGCGAGCUAACGGCGUUCCCUUCCCCAGCAAAGUCAAAAUGAAGUACUCGAAUGCCGUGCUGGAGAUCCCCAGCUUCCAGCAGGAUGAUACGGGAGGAUACGAGUGUGUGGCUGAGAACAAGAUGGGCAAGAACACAGCCACCGGUCGACUGGCCUUCUACGCCAAGCCUCAGUGGAUGCAGGCCAUGAAGGACACGGCCCUGGCCAUAGAGGAGAGACUAUACUGGGAAUGCCGAACCAAUGGCAAGCCCAAACCCUCCUACACGUGGCUGAAGAACGGCCAACAGCUUCUCUCAGAGGACAGAAUCCAUGUGGAGGACGGAGUCCUGUCAGUGUCGGUGCUGACCCUAUCUGACACCGGCAUGUACCAGUGUGUGGCUGAGAAUAAACAUGGCGUCAUAUAUUUUGCUGCUGAACUAAUGGUUUUAGCCUCUCCUCCAGACUUCACAGGGAACGUCCUCAGAGCUUUGCUCAAAGCCAAGGCAGGAACUACAGUGACUUUAGAGUGUAAACCCCAGGCCUAUCCCAUCGCCAGCAUUUUAUGGAAGAAAGGAAACCUGCCUAUCCACACCAAUGACAGGAUCACACUUUCUCCAGAUGGAACAUUGAGGCUUGCCAACGUGAGCAAAUCUGAUGCAGGCAGCUAUACGUGCUUUGCGAGGAAUAGAUUUGGCAUGUCGAGUACAACAGGAAGGCUCCUUGUUACGGAUCCAACCAGAAUCACCCAGGGGCCAGUGGACAUGGAGAUCAUUGUGGGCGAGAGCAUCGUGUUACCCUGUCAAGUCGCCAGUGACCCCGUCCUUGACGUUUCUUUCUCCUGGGCCUUCAACGGACAGCUCAUCGCCAAGGGAGAUGGUCACUUUGAGCUAGUGGGUGGGAGAACAGCGGGAGAUCUGAUGAUUAGGAACAUUCAGCUUUAUCAUGCCGGAAAAUAUAUCUGUGUGGUGGACACGGACGUGGAGAGCCUGUCAGCCGUGGCUGUAUUGAUUGUCAAAGGCCCCCCCAGUCCUCCAGACUCUGUGACGGUGGUGGAGGUGACAGACAGUACAGCCCAGCUGGCCUGGAGUCCCGGCCGAGACAACGGCAGCCCCAUCACCAAUUACCUCAUCCAGACCAGGACUCCCUUCACUGUGGGCUGGCAGAAGGUUAACACAGUCCCCGAGAUAAUCGAUGGAAACACACUAACAGCCACUGUAGUGGACCUCAAUGCCUGGGUGGAGUAUGAGUUUCGGGUUUUGGCCAAAAACAGUGUUGGGGUUGGAGAACCCAGCCCUGUGUCAGUCAAGACGAGGACUGAGGACGCAGUUCCUGAUGCGGCGCCAGGUGACGUGGGUGGAGGAGGUGGAAGCAGAUCGGAACUGGUCAUCACAUGGGAGCCUGUCCCCGAAGAACUACAGAAUGGUGAGAGCUUUGGUUACAUCAUUGCUUUCCGUGCCUUCGGAGAAGUUAGCUGGACCCACGUGGCCACCUCUGCCCCCGGUGCAUCGCGCUACGUGUAUCGCAACGACAGCAUCGCGCCCUUCUCUCCGUUUCAUGUCAAAGUUGGCACUUAUAACAGCAAAGGUCAGGGUCCCUUCAGCCCCGUGGUCACCAUCUACUCUGCAGAGAUAGAGCCAAGCGGGAUGCCAGCAGGAGUUUGGGCCAGAAGUGUCUCAGCCUCUGAGAUUGAGGUGAAUUGGCAGGCUCUCUCCUUCACCCCUGAAAGGGUUCUGGGCUAUGAGGUGGUGUACUGGGAAGAUGACACCAAACCAGAGACCAUGGGGAAGGUCAGGGUGCCUUGGAACCAAACCUCGGUCAUGGUGAGCGGCUUGGCAGGAAACACGCAGUAUUUCCUAACAGUCAGCGCCUUCAACACAGCAGGCACCGGCCCCUUCCUCUCUGCGAUCAACGUCACCACGAAAAAGCCACCACCAGCUCAACCGCCGCUGAAUGUCGAAUGGUCCCUAAUCGGCUCUCAGCUGUCUCUUUACUGGGAACCUGUGGUGGCAAUGGAAUCAGAGUCAGAAGUUACAGGCUACCAACUGUCAUACAGGAGGCAGAGGCUCAAAGAGGUGAACACACUCACAACAGCCAAUUCAACAGCUGAGCUGACCCUCCCCGAGGAAGAUGACGUCUACAUCAUCCACAUUCAGACGCUGAGUGAGGGAGGGCCGGGCCCGGCCUCGGAUCCCAUACAAAUCCACCAACUCAGUAUGAGUGCCCGCGGCUCGAGAGCCUGGAGUGCGGACAUCUCCCCCCUCUCUCUGCUCCUCGCCAUCGCAAUAUCAACAUUCAGGUCAACGUCGUGACAAGAUGACAAACUCUGCUCGGUUUUUCAAUCUUCUUAUUGAUAUUUCUUUUCUUGAAUUUGUGAAAGUUGCUGAGUUCUUUUCUCUCAUUUUUGGAGGUGACCACAUACUAUUUUGCAGUGUUAGAUUGCGGGUAUGAGGCAGCACAAGAAUGGCGUGUGCUGUCAGGCACUUAAUUAAAUAUGAGUAAAUGAUUGAGCUUUUUUUUCUUUCUUUUUUUACGUAUGUCUGACAUUUUUGCCGGUUGGAACAAUGCUCCAUUUCAACUCUUUUUUUCGACUCUAGAUUGAUACUGAUGCCUUACUUCCAUCCAUGUGCCAAAGUAGUUUCAGCCUUCUUGUUGUUACUAAGACAGCUACAUGCUUUCCUCAACAUUUUAUUCUUCACAGUUUCAUAUUAAUGAAGGUCUAAGUUUACCUAGCGGAGGGCCAUGAUGAGAAGUUGUAUUUUGUAUUUUUAAAUAUUUUCAGUUUUCCUCUCCACAUCUGAAUUGGCGAGUAGGAACAUGUUCAUUCACCCGUGCCUUUGGAGAUUCUUGUAACACCGUCACUUAUAGACAAUAGUCAGUGACGCUCAGUGUUUCAGAACAUUCUGCAGCCGCCUUCAUCUUUACGUGCUCCAUUCAAAGUUGUCCCAGAUGAAACUCAUAAAACAGCUCACAGUGCCGGUGUAAGCCAUUUACCUUUUAUCAUUUGAUUGUGGAGAGCUGAAUGUGUACCAUGAUGGCUCGUACAGGUUUUGAUGCCUCAGACCAGUUAUUGUGAUGGCGUGCUGAUUGAUGGAUUGGACUUUACUCUGCACUCACAAAGAUUACAUCUGCCUGUAUACAGCAGUAGUGGGAGAGGUAUACGACUGCCAGUGUAUUUCCGUCAACACUAAUGCUGAAACAAUCACCAGAAAAUAAUCAACAACAAGUCGUUUAAGUCAUUUAUCGAGGGGAAAAUGCCAAACAUACCCAACAAGGUGUGCGUUCGAUUGCAAUCCAUUUGCGGGUUUUAUCCCACUUUAUACCAUGGCCACAUGCCAACAAACUGCAAUGUGUCAACAAAAUAAAGAUAUCAUUCAGUCAUUCAGUUACUUAUACAACUAUUUUAAUAUCACUUUUCUAUUUUUAGAGCAACAACAAGAAAUAUCCCCAUAUUUAAAUAAUUAUCAUACACAACAGAUGUUCACUCCACCUUCUGACGUAAGCAUAUUUCCCUUUCCUUUAAAGAGUACUUUCACUGAUUGCACUCAAACAUAUCAUUCUUAAACAAAAGUUUCACAAAACAAUCUCAGCUCAGAGUGUACUUACUAUCUUUUAACCUCAUCCAUAUCAGUAAACACAUCUUGCCAUGGAUUAUCACAGCAUAGGUUCCUUAACUUCAGUCAGCUGACUUUGGUUAUUAUUUUGUCAAAUCAAUUUAAAUACUGGCGCAUUCAUUUAUAAUAGCAAACAAACACCUGUCUCAGAAGUGUCUGGUUAUACUGUCCCAUUACCAAACAUAAAGGCAGACCUGCCAGCCAAUCAGGAUCCAGAAUUCUCCGUGGCCAUGGUAUCCAUGGUAUGACAUCUUCGUGUUUUGGACUGUUUGUCAGAAAAAACAAAACGUACAUUUGAAAACAGCACCUUGGGCUCUGGGAAAUUGUGAUGUGCAUUUUUCUACAUUUUCUGACAUUUUAUAGACUGAUUGAUUAAAAAAUAAUCAUUAGUUGGAGCCCUAGUUUACUUCCAUCUGGGCAACACACAGUAGUUGUGCCAGUCAAUGUGCAUAAUCAGCCAUUGCAGUCGAGACGAGGGGUUUAAAGUGCUGCCAACUGUGCCAGUCUGAUAAUUGAAAUCUAGCCACCAGCUUAGACAUUAUUUGGCAAAAUGUAUGAUCAGCUGUGUUUUAAUACUUUGUGAAUCUGUCCCUUCUUGUCAGUUGUAUUGGCUUUUUGUUAUGUGGUAUGUGUUGUCAUUGUUUAUUUAUGUAUUUCAGCAAAACCCCAUUGCUCAGGUAUUCAGACCUGCUUCCCCCUACCUUUCAAUAGCCCUAAAGUGGCAGGAGCAGAUAGAUCAGUAAUCUGUCAGCACACAACACAAGGGUCCAUUUAACAGACUGACUUGACGAAUGGAAAGCCUGAUAUGCGCCAUGAUUUAGCCAACAUUGAAACAUCUUAAUGAAUUAGAGCAGGCCUGAGGGGCUUCUGUGGGAAAGGGCAUAGCAGUAAUGGUACUAAUGACACCCACACAAGACAAAUGUAUCAGGAUUUAGGGGGGACUAAAUCAGGACAAUCCCAUCAAGAUGACACCAGGAAGAUUCAAGGGUGUGUGUGUGUGUGUGUAUGUAUGCUUGAUUAUUUCCUUACCCUACGGUGUGUUUUCAAAAAGAAAUUUCUGCUGUUUCGGGAAUUUCUUGUACUUAACCGUGGUUCAGGGCUUUGGGCACCUACAGCAUUGCGGACAUUCGAAUAGAGUAAUACAAGGUCAAUAUGGGAGGUGGAAAAAACAAAUUUAACCUAGGGAGGCUUUAAAAUGUCUGUUUUUUCUAUCAAAUUACAAUGGAUUGUCAGUGCAAAGGAACAAGUGGAAAAAAAGCUCCAGAAUCCAGAAGGCCAGGUACAAGUCUGUUUUAAAUGUGAAGACAAAGGCUUUCUGCCCAUGAUGAGUGUUAAUAACUUUCUGAAAGCGGUCUUUGAAUCCUGUUUUGUUGUUUUUGUGGCUUUACGUGUGGUUAAUCUGUAUACAUUCUUUCAUCACAGAAUGUCAUUGUUAAGCUAACAAAUGUUUACACAGGAAAUGCAUCUUUCCGGCUGAUUUAUUUGAUUAUAUGAACUGAAAAAAACAUUACGCCGUUUAUGAACUUGUGUCUUGGGUACAUAGAAGCAUUGCCAACCUCUUUGUUUUUGUAACGUAUCAGUACUGUGGAGAUGUUAUGAUUUUCACUUUGAUUUUCUCUUUUAUUUUAAUGUUUGAUAUUGUUCCUGAUUGUUUAUUUUAUUUGGAUUCUUCCAAAAAUUCUGCACAAAGGUCAAGUGUUGCUUUAAAAUAACAAUUAAGAGCCAGUGCGAUGAGAUCUGUCUUGCCUUCAUACAGUUAACUGUACAUACUGUAUGUAUUUUGUUGUGCUAUGAAGCAAAGCCCCCAACUGGGAGACCAAACUGUGGUGUCCUACUUCUAAUUGUAAUUCUCUGUCAAACCCAGAAUCUGAAAAAUACAUGAGCAGAGAGAAACAUUUCUAAGCAGCUGCUAUCACACACAGCCUUUUGGUGCAAUGACACAAACACUACCUGUUACAAGGUAGUCAGCCAGUGCACAGUAGAUAAUACAAGUAGUAUUAUCUACUAGUACUUUUUGUCUUUUUAUACCAAUACAACUUUACAAUGUUCUUGCUACUUUCAAGAUCAGAAAAUCUGAAUUGAUUGGAAAUAAAUGAGUUACCCCCAAAUGUGUAAUUCCAUAAAGAUUGAUGAAGAAAUACAAUUAGAGCUCUGGGUGACAACGCUUGGCCUUUCUGUUGUGACUCCUCAGUAUUUUGAUGUCCAUGUGAUCUCUGUGAGAUCGUGGCAGUAAUGUUUUCACAUUGAAAAGUCAUCAGCUGAUCUUGAUAUUCUGAAAGCUGUGCAUGUAUGAUAUUGUUUGGUGCAUUUGUGUUUUCUAAAUGAGGGAGUUAAUAAAAACAAUUCACUGAG